UGAAAUUAACCUUUUUUUUUGGUGUGUGAGAAUGAGAGGAUGAACAGGGAGAAGGCAAAAAAAACCACUUGUCAUUAUUGCAAACCAUCCCAAUCGGGGAUUAUAUUGAGCCAAAAUCCGCUUUCAAUCGCUCCAAAACUGAGCUUUUCUGUGACAGAAAAAGGUGAUUUACUUUCAACCGGCUUUUUCGAUUCGUUGUUUGCGUAGCAUUGGUUUAUACUGCGAUAAGAAUAUUUGUUUAUACGCUUUAACAAACGGUCCCGUCCCGAGUUGGAAAGUGCUGUUUGGUAAAAUAUAAUCUAACAGAUGUGUGACCGUUUCUUUUCUUCUUCGUGAUCGACCGGAAUAGUAUUUGCUUCAAUUAACACAUAUGCCUUGUAGCCUGAGCGGACUCUGUCUUACAUGAGCGAUGCAAAUUAAUUUGAUUACAUUUUAUUUAAAUGUUUCUUACGUACCCGCGUCCAUGUAGUAGAUCUACAGUCUUUUUUAGAGUAACAUUUAGCACUGUAGGACGCGUGUGACUGUGACGUGUGAGAUUAACACAUACAAUGUGAUAUUGUAAUUAUGUUGCGAUACUGUUUAUGUCACUAAAGUGCAAUCGUGUAAGGUAUGUACGCAUUUCACACGCGAAACACACAACUCGGUGUACAGUGUUUUAUGAAUGUGCAUUUGUAUCAAUUUUGUAUGUUUAAUGUUGCAAACAACGCGUGUGAUAUACCGCCCGGUAAAUAGUGGAAUCGGAAUAAAUUAAUAGUUUAUGUAAAUGUCGUGGAUGCUAAGCAAGCAACAGUGUGAAGUGAACCAUAGUAAAGAUAAAACAGUGACCAGUGUUACCGGCCGGCGUGAAAUCCUGCUAAAGGAUGACUUGUACCGUAAAUUGCCAUUGUUGAGAGUAAAUAUUGUCUGUGUUCUUGUUUGUUUUGCUUCGGUGUCCUUGUUGUGCUUCCGUGACGCUGCCAAGCGCCUAGGCCUAAUAUUAGACAAGGUAAUUUGUAGCAUAACCGAUCGGGGGGUUCGAAACGUUAGUGGCUUAGAAUUGUGCAUGUGCUGAGAAGAUUGCGCAUCGCUUCGUCGAAGGUUAGGCCCGCCUAACUGGAUGUUACUGGACACGGUAGUACCGAUUCUACCGUCCGUACGUGCAAUCGCAAGAUAAUUCGCGGACCAUCCAGCGUAACCUACACACCACUAGUACACUGAACCACGUACCCUUGCCAUCCGCUAUCCACUAGCUGUUGCAUUUCGUAAUUUUCUUGUAUUUUGGCAUCGAUCAAUCAGCAACACAAACGCACAACAGCAUCAUUCGCUGAGCCACACAAUAAAACAGACAGCGAUAUGGAGAGCCCGAGUGCCGGUGGGAGGCGUCGCGGCAAUUCGCGAAUCAAUGCCGAAGAUCAGGCCCUUGAUCAGAUUGCAAAGGAGGCCGAGGCGCGAUUAGCAGCUAGGCGUCAGGCACGUGCAGAGGCUCGCGAGAUACGGAUGCGAGAACUGGAGCGGCAACAGAAAGAGCUGGAGCAAACAGCCGACCGGGUGUUUGAUCUGCAGCAGCAGUCGAUCGGUUUGUCCGAACCGGCCAACACGGUUGCCACACCCCGCACCAGCCGCAUACUGGCCCAGAAUGCAGUGACGCGUGGCAGUGCCCUAUCGUCCCGCCGUAACAGUGAGGAUUCCCUAGAGGAGGAAGCCCGUAGCCUGCGCGACCUUCGGCAUGAGCUGAAAGACGUGGAGGAGCGUUUCCGCAAAGCAAUGAUUGCGAACGCUCAGUUAGACAAUGAGCGGUCCUCGCUUAACUAUCACAUUCAGCUGCUGAAGGACAAACUGGAGGAGGUCGAGGAGUCGCACGCGCAGCUGCAGCGUGAAUAUCGCGAGAAAUGUCGGGACCGGGAGGCGCUGAAGCGCAACAACGACAAACUCAGCGAGGAGUUGAAGCUCGUGCAGGGUCAGCUUCAGGAGCGUGAUGCGCUGAUAGAGCAGCACGGACUAGUAAUAGUAACGGUAGAGAAUGAGGAUGGUACGGAUGCGCACCGCGCCCUAGUCACAGCGGAUAACGCACAACUGCUCAAAUCUGUUCCCGGCUCAUUAGACGUAAGACUGAAGAAGUUUGCGGCCGAAAAGCAAGAACUGCAGACGGAACUGCAGGCAGUGCAGCAACAGCUGAACGAUAUCAAGAGCAAGGGCAGACGAUACACCUCCAUGAACGGUUCGCUGGUCGAUGAUGACUAUGAAGAUGCGCAACGGGAAGCUAACAAGCUGAUCACGGAGUAUAAAUACAAGCUGCAGAAGGCGGAGCAGGAGAUCGCUAACCUGCAGGCUAGUCUGGCACGCUCGGAAACGCAGGUGAUCCGAUACAAGAGCACCGCCGAGGCGGCAGAGAAAGCCGAAAGCGAUCUAAAGAUUGAGCGACGAAAAUUGCAACGCGAGAACCGCGAAGCCAUGGAUCGGCUGGAGGAGCUAGAAACAUCGAACAACCAUCUGCUGAAGCGGCUAGACAAGCUUAAGAACGUUAAGAGCACCAUACUGAAGGACAUAUGAUAGGAGCCAAGUGUCCCCAGUCACCAGCAACAUCCGCGACGAUCGAGCCGGGGAACGGUCGAGGAUCGGCAUAUGGGAACAAACAAUUAGCAAACCAACCAACCAAUCCUAGCCGCGUCUAGUAUACAGCUUCGUUAGCAGGACCAUCAUUCCCAAAAAAAAGGAAAAGAAACCCCACAAAAAAACCAACUCAUUAUUCGCGUGCCCCCAUACCCUUCUCCCUUUCCCCUCCUGCGACCCGUGAUGUAUGAUUUUCCUUAGGUAUUUGUCCGCUAUUACGCCCAAUUGAAGCGUACAGAAAAAAGGGUUGGAUGGCGCAUAUGUAAAAUAUUCCUUUACCAUUUGGUAAAAAGCAAUGUGAGGGAGGGGAAAAAAAGACGAAAAACCCGAUCAUCCACAUAGGCAUGAUGAAUUGUUACAAAAAGAAAACGAAAAAGCUAGUGCAUCAGAUGAUUCUUGUCGAAGCUUCGCUUUUAGCUUCUUCCUCGGUAGCGUUACUACUUUACCCGCGCAAGGUACGAUAUUUGCGGUUACUUGCCUAUUGUUAAAAGCGUAACUCGUUAUUAUUUCACCAACCACCACCAAGUUUCGGUUUUAGCUUCUGUAUGCACUGUCAGCUUGCAAACACCAUCACGGACACCGUGUUAUACGUUUGCGUUGGUUGGUGAGCUCUGCGCACCCAAGUACUGAAUCGGCGUAUGUGUGUAUUGUAUUCCCUACUUCCCUGCGAUCUUUAUUUAUUUAGGCAAUACUUAAUUAUUCCUCUUCUUUAAAGAAAUACCAAACCUGCCGCGGUUCUGCCAUUUUGCGAUAGAGAGAUCUCACACGAGCGCGAUACAUCGUAUGGGUUACACGUUACUAAACGUUACAAUAGGCGAUUCAUUAGCGUGAUGUAAUAAGGGCGUUAGGUAGCUAUUAACGGGAUUUGUAAGAUGAUAGAACAACACGAGUGAUCUAUAAAACAAACGAACCAGAUUAAACGAUAAAAGAAUCCGGCAGAAUACGAUCGGCACCUUAACUUUUCGCGCUUGUGGCACACGAUAACACAAUGUGAGCAAGACAGUAAAGUAGGUCCAAAGAUGGAUUUGGAAGAUGGAUGGAUGGAAGAUGAUGGUUAGAAAUACCUAUUUUAUUUUUCGGUAAAGUAAAGCGUAUUUAAUACGAAUGCAGAAGUAAUAUAUACACUUUUUUUUCUAAGCAUUUCUCUUCGGACUGUUAAAAUAUAUCUCUGUGGCAGUUUGUAUUUCACACAAUGGUACACAAUUGAACACUUCUUAUUGUACUUUGAGUUGCUGCAAUCGCCGCGCGUUCUUAUAUCGUCUAAAAACUCGCUGUUUUUAGCCUAACAUAGUCCUUAAAUGUCCUGUCCCUAAAGACUGCCUUAUAGAGAGAUGUGUCCCACGCAACAGCUAAAUCACAAUCCUUGGUUGACGACCAAGAAAGGGAUUUUGGGUAGGACUACCGACAGUCCCCGAGAUACGUGGUUCCUCUUGUACGCGAAUUCGGUUCGAUGCGCGGUUUUUGAAACUCUGAUAGCUGUGUUAAUUCAUUACACGAAAUCUAAACAAACAUUUUAAAAAUUUAAUUGAAAGUACUUUGUUUUGUCAUAUAAAAGAUUUGUUUCUAAUUUAUGUUAAAGUUUUCUUUCGAACAGUCGUCUGAUUUGCUUAAUAUAUAAAGUGCAGAAGCGGGUCACGCGAAUACGUAUCUCGAGGACUGCCUGUAUUUUAAGUUCACAUUUUGAAGUAGUUUUCUUGAUAGUUAGUGGCGUUUUGAAUGCAAAUCCCCAUGUCUCCCCCGUUAUCACAUUACUCUCUCUCUCUAUUUUCUCUUUUCUUCAAAGAAAAUGGCAACCAGCAGGAACCCUUUUCAUCCCCGCCUAUCCUCCCGUUAAUCAGUACCCUUUUGAAACAUAAAACAGUAUAACACACAACGCUGAAAAAAAGAACAACAAAAAAAAAACCCAACCACGGUUGCGAUACAUACUUACCUAGCGAAAACUUUAUUUAUUGUUAUGAUAGAGAUUUAAACGAAGAUAAAAACAAAAGACCGCGCACGUUAAUAUCGAUCGAUACAUAUUAUGCAAUGCGUGCGUGUGUGCCCUGCGAAUGUAGGAACGGAUGUGUCUAUUUUUAUUGAUUUUGUUUUAAUGUGUGUGUGCGCGCGCGUGUGGAAGGAAGGAACCCGAGAUAAACGGUGCGUGUGUGUAGCGUUAAGGUAUCAUGUUCCGUGUGAAGGUGUCACGCGCCAUGUUUAUUGGAUUGUUACGGUGUUUUUUUUUUGCUACGUUUGUUUUAAAAAGUGUAAAUUUUUGUAUCAGGUUUUCUUUUUUAUAUGAAAAAAGCAAAGCGCAACAUUGUAAAUUUAUUGUUUUCUCACAGCAUUGUCUUUUUUUGUUUGUUUAGGGGUUGUUUUCAAUUGUAAUAUGUCCAAUCGUGAGACUAGUUUUUAAACGGUUCGGCAAACACUUGUUUUUAAAUAGCUCGAGAGGUGUUAAAAAGUUCUCACCGAGAAAUCAUAAUUCUGUCUGUAUGUACUACUGCAAGCACGUCCGUUUUUUUUGUUUGUUGCGCUAAUUAAACCUUACUUGGGUUAGUUUCGUCGAAUAAAAAGCAAACAGAUGUGUUCACAUGCUGCUACAUAAUCGCUAUAUAUUGAAGAAAAAACAGAUAACACAGAGAUGUGAAACUAGAAAUAAGCAAAAUCCCUUUUUGACCCGAAAAACUGUUACAGAAGCAAACAAACAAAGCAAACAAAACAAACUGUGAGAGUUAAAGAAAGCGCUUUAUUAUUUGCUGUUUCUUAUUAAAAAUUUGCUAGCUCUCGUUUUUAUCCGUUCCCUUCCUUCUUCUUGUAUUAUUAUUUAUUAUUAUGCGCGAACGUUUUUUGAAUUUGCUGUUUUACGAUUGUCGCGAAAGGGCAAAACAGCUUGGGAGGAAAAGAAAACGCAAGAAAUGUAGAUGAAAAUGGCGGUCAUAUGGAGAAGUGAACCGACAAACGGUGAUCGAGGAAUGUUGAUAGAUGGGACAGGUGUAACAAAAAAAAACGAAACAAGAUCAUGAAACAAAAUAUUUAAAAUAACAAAAAAACGAAACAGAAAACGAACCAGUAAAAGGAUAAGACGUUUAAAAGACGUCGAACGGAAUGAUAUAGAACAAAAUAAUCAAAUAAAAAACACAAGCACACACACAUGUACAUUCACACUUCAAGCAAGUAAAUAAACGUCCAAACAUCACGAAGAAUGUAAACAAAAAUAAAACCAACAGAUGAACAAAAUCGAUAACGAUAAACGAAGAGAUGAGAACAAAGGGAUAAAAAGAAAACACAGAACCUAGAAGGCGCCUUUUUGGAGUGAUACGUACUAAGAAAUGGAACAAAAUGGAAACAAACAAACAAAAAACAAUUUGAAUAGUAAAGCACAAACAAACAACAAACUAACGUAAAUAAAUGUGAGGGUGUGCGUGCGUGUGUGUGUGUGUGUGUGUGCGCGUGUAUGUGUGCAUGUGACUGCAGCAUGCGAUUUAUAUACUUUCGCAACAGUACAUUGUAAGCGUAUUGGCGUAACUAGAGAUGGGCAAAUAAAUUCUUUUGAAUGAAGAUAUAAACAUA